AUGGAGUCAACCACUUUAAACGGAAGGAUGGCCCGGUGGCAAAUUCUACUGUCUGAAUUUGACAUAACCUAUGUAAAUCAAAAGGCCGUAAAAGGGAGCGCGAUAGAAGAUUUUCUAGCUAGUAGAGCUCUAGAAGAUUAUGAGCCUGUGAACUUUGACUUCCCAAAUGAGGAUCUGAUGUAUGUGGCAACCGCUGAAGCGAACACACAAGAAGGCAAUGCUUGGAAAUUAAACUUCGAUAAAGCUUUAAAUGCUGUAGGCAACGAAAUUGGGGCAGUUUUGGUAUCCCUAAAUGGAGAUCAUUAUCCAUUUACUUGUAAAUUGGAUUUUGAUUGUAUAAACAAUAUGGCCGAAUACGAAGCAUGUAUUAUGGGAAUUCGUGCAGCCAGAGAACGUAAGGUCAAAAUGCUAGAGGUAUAUUGGGAUUCUGCACUGAUAAUCUAUCAACUCAAAGGAGAAUGGGAGAUAAGAGAUCCCAAAUUGGUCAAUUACCGAAAGCUAGUUAUGGAGCUAAUUGACGAGUUUGAUGACAUCAUAUUCUCUUUCCGCGAGAAGAAAACCAGAUGGCCGACACUUUGGCUACUUUGGCUUCUAUGA